GGUUCAAUGGCCCCAUCAUCAUUAAGUGUAGAUAUCCAUCAAUAAAAAAAUGCCUACAUGGGAUUUGGAUCGACUAAUUGUCUUAGACGAUAUUAAAUAUGAACAAUCACUCUUAAAAACCCCUCAUGAUCUAACCGUUUGGUUAAAAUACUAUCGGUCCAAAGAAAUGCAACAAUGUGAUGAUCAUCUUACAAUAAUCCAACUGAAAGUUUCGAUUUUGAGUCGUGCAACUACUGCUCUACCUGGAUCAUACAAGAUUUGGCUUCUUUAUUUGGACCUUCGUACUCUGCUAUUAGAAGAUGUCUCCUACAUAAGUAAUAAGCAACAAUUCAACAUUGUCAAUGAUCUAUUUCAAACAUCCUUACAUUGGCUUAAAAAAUAUCCAGUGAUAUGGCAAAGAUAUUUAUCAUUCCUUAUAAAAACUCAAAUUUCACAAAUUCUGUUUAUUCGUAAAGAAUUUAACCGAAGUUUAUUUAAUCUCCCUAUUACACAACAUCAUUUGAUAUGGCCACUAUAUCUUGAAUUUGCUAAUAAAAUUGGUGGACUUACGUUGAUCCAAACUUAUACCAAGUUUUUACAAUAUGAAAUCCCAGAAGAUUUACAAACUAAUGAUAAUCAAUUUGGAGUCUCUAUUGAAGAGAUUAUUCUGAAGCUCAUUGCAAAUGGUGGAAUUAAAGAAGCUUCUGCAUUAUUCAAAACAAUUUUACAAAAUUUCAGUAAAUAUGCAUUGAUGGGGAAGUCUCAACUUCAAUUAUGGCUAGAUUUUAGUGAUUUGAUAUCUACUAAUGCCAAAAUACUUCUGCAAAAUUCUUCUUUUGAAAUAGAUUCAUUUUAUGAGGAACUUAUCUUUGAAGGAUUGGAAAAAUUUCCUGAUCAAAUCAGUAAGUUCUAUUUAAAACUUAUUCUGUAUCAUGUGAAAAGGAAAAAUUUUCAGAAAUGCAGAUAUUUAUUUGAUAAAGGGUUAAAGGAAUGUGUUACAGUUCGAGAUUUUAUUAUAAUUUUUGACUCUUUUACAGAGUUUGAAGAGAAACUAAUCAAUGAAAUUGCUGCUAAAUUAGAAUUGAAUGAGGAUGAUAAAGAGUUAACAUUGGACCUUAAUAUAAGAAUGACUUAUUUGGAACAAUUAAUUGAUAAUAGAGCAAUUUAUUUGAAUGAUAUGAUGUUACGACAAGAUCCAAAUAAUAUUGAUGAAUGGAUGAAAAAAAUAGAAAUCCAUGAAACAACUCAAAAUAUAAACAAAGUCCUUAGUUCGUAUGCAGAAGCACUUACCACUAUAAACCCAUUUAAAGCACACUCGUUGAGUAACAACGCUAACAAUACUUAUCCUCAAAUUUGGAUGAAUUAUGCCAAAGUUUAUACCUCGAAUAAGGAUUAUAAAACAGCGUCAGUCAUUUUAAGUAAGGCAAUUCAAUCACAGUUUCAAUCUCCAGACGAUUUAGCAUCAAUUUAUAUAGAAUGGAGUCAACUUGAGAAUAUAGCUGGUAAUUACGAUGAAGCUAUAAAAAUUGUGGAAGAUGCAUGUAAUUUCAUUCCUGAAAAUGAAUAUGAAUUCAUUGAUUAUACUGAUGAUUCAAUAGAUGUACAUAUUCGAUUGCACAAGUCGACAAAAUUGUGGUCAUAUUAUUUAGAUAUGUUAGAAUCAUUUGUUGAAUCUGGUACAUUGGAGGAAAUUGAAAGAGUGAGCCAAGCAUUUGAUAAAUUAAUAUAUCUUAAGAUAGCUACUCCAUUGAAUAUCGUUAAUCAUGCAUCAUUUCUUGAAGAUUGGGAAUAUUAUGAAAAAUCUUUUACUAUCUAUGAAUUAGGGAUCAAAAUUUUCAAGUAUCCUAUUUCAUUUGAAAUAUGGAACAUUUAUUUGGUGAAAGCCAUAACACACAAGUUAAAUACAGAAAGAAUCAGAGAUUUAUUCGAACAAUGUUUGAAUGGUGAUAAUAAUGAACAAACAAGAUGUCCUCCUGACUUAUGCAAGCCAAUUUAUAUUUUGUAUUCUCGGUUCGAAGAAGAAAAUGGUUUGAUACUCAAAUCGCUCAAGGCAUUAAAAUCUUGUAUCGACCGAUUGAACGAAGGACUUUCACAGGGUUUUAAUAAGUCCAAAAUAAUUCAACAAAAAUGUGAUGUUUAUAAGAUAAUCAUAGAAAAAUACGAACUACUUGAAGAUAUAUCACUUCUUCGUGAAACGUAUUCAACGAUUUUGCAAGAUAUGAGUCUUCCAGUAGAUAAACUUGUUUCCUUUGCAGUUAAAUUUAUUGAUCUUGAAACGAAACAUAAGGAGUUUGCGAGAGUUCGGUCCUUAUUUAAACAUAUACUUGAAUUAAAGAAUCCCGUGGAGUUAUCUGAAGUUUGGGAAAAAUGGCAACAAUUUGAACUCAAAUUUGGUAAUGAAAAUGAAUACAAGGAAUUAUUAAGGUAUAAACGUUUGACGACCACAAAGUUUGAGACAGAGUUGAUGUUACAAAAUUCUGUUGCGCCAAAGGGAUUUGUUAAAGCUACAGAAUUCAAUGAAGCCACUACCGAACGAAAGGAUAACGUUGCGGAUCCUAUUGAAAAUCCUAUUGAAAAUGCGGAAGAAAUUGAAUUAGAUAUGGACUAAAGAGUUCUUAAAAGGAAUUAUAGAGUAAUUAAUGUAUUAUGUAAAAAUCUAAUGUGUUUACGCUUAUAUACGAUUCAUUUAGAUGUAUCUUUUCUGGGCAGUAUAUUAUUCACGUUGAAAUAUUAU